GGCUGCUUGACCCUCUGCCAGGCCUCACCAGCCAGCCCUGGCUCUGCUGUCACUGGAGGGCAGCACAACCCUGCUUCCUGGUCCCCUCAGCGCCUGGUAGGCCUCAGGCUGGAGGAUAAGGCCUAGCGGCCAUCUUCUCAGUCCCUGCCAUCCCGGCCCUGUAACUGGGCUGCCCUCCCUCCCAGGAAGGGAGCGCAAGCAGCAGCCCAGGCCUGAGCCGAUUAGCCUUAUUAAUAGAAAUUAAACCCUGGCUGCGAGUGCUGCCAAGACCUGCGGGGGCCCCGCAUGUGCCUCCUUCCCUACUGAUGGGGCACAGGGACUAAGAGGCUUGGGAGGAUUAACAUGUGGGCCCCGAAACCCUGCCCUCGAGCCUGCAGGGGAAUGGGCUCCCCCGUGUGUGGCUGGGAAUCAUGGUGGCAAUCGAAUGGUAGCCAUGUAGGGGUUUUGUUUUGGGGAGGAUGCUGAGGGUGGGAUGGAUGUCCCAGCAGCUCUUCCAGCCAUGGACGAUGGCAAUCACUCAGCUGCUCCACCUGAUCUUCACUCUCUGCUGGGCAUGUGCCCCUUGGCUUUGCCCCAGUCCAGAGCAUGGAAGAGGUAGUGGGCACCUGGAGGCACCCAUCUCCUGUUUUGCUCCUCACUGAAACGUGGAUCUCUGCUAUGUUCUCCCCCUGCACCCAGUCUCCUGCUCAGCCCAUCACAGCACUCCUCUUCCUCCUUUGUCCCCUCCCAACCUGCCCAGUUCUGCUGGGAGAUCAGUGAGGAGCCCCUUGGCAGGCUAUGGGAUUACUGUGGGAUUCGGGCUGCGACAGGCAGCCUCCUCCCCAUUGGCUGGAAAAGCCUCUUAAAAGUGGAGAAGUGCGUUCUGCACGCUCAGCACCUGCUGGUCUUCAUCAACCUGAAGCCAUAAUCAGCCACUGACCCACAUCCACACUGCCUGCAUCCACCCAGAGGAGGCAAGGGGGUCCCUUGCGUGGGGCAUCCCUUCUGCAGAGGGUGGCAUUGGAGCUGGAGGAAAGCACGCUGAAAGGGGGAUUAGCUCUGCAGUGAGGACGUGGCUGCCCCUGAAGAAAGUAGCAGGGCACAAGAGACUCCUGCAGCUGUCACCCUGUGCCCUGCUGACGGCGUGCCCACCAUGGAACAAAGAACCUGCGGGGCCAUCUGACUGGGCACACUCGUCCAGAGCCAGGGAGUACCAGCUGGACUGACCUGCUCGGUCUCUGGGGUCUUUGGCACUCCUCGCUUCAUUGCACAGGUCAGUGAUACAGAGGGGUGCUCGCAUCUGAGCACACAUUACAGCUUCUGAAGGCCUGUACUCAUUUCACUCUUUAGUGAAAGCUUUCCCAUGGUGGUUUUUGUAGGCUACUGGCAAAAAUUGUGGCCUUUUGCAUUUAUUAAACCCUUCCCAGCCUAUCCAAGAGACAUCCUCGUAUUUGUGUGCACGCUCCUGGAUGCUGGUAGUGGUGCAACUUUCCUGGUACAAUGGGGUUUUUCUGCAGUGGCCUUCACCUGGUCGGGGCUGGUAACUUCUGGUGCUGGUGCAAGUCUCCUGACCUGGAGCUAGACCUCUCCAGCUGCAGCUAGACCCAUAGCAGUGCUCACUAUGGGCCUACUUGCAUGCGAUGCCCAGGGCAAGUGCUGCUGCCUGUGCUGAUGAGCUUUAGCAUAGGGUAUUUUUACCCAUGAAUAAAGCUCCUUAAGUGUGGAGAAAAUAAUAGCAAGCUGUAGCGUAUGCAGAGGCAGGUACAGGGUACAUGGUGUGAGCACCAUGUGCAGCGGUGAGCAGAGGAGCCUGCGUGCGCACCGGGGCGUUAUGAUUGAGGCAGCUCUGAACCGCCUGCUCAGAGCUGGGAUAAAGCUCCAGCAGAGCUGUGCUGCAGCACGUUGGCUUGGAGGGAGCUCCACGUGUGAGCUGCUCAGCUGCACCUCAUCUUUGUCGGUCAGCAUAGAGCUGCAGCCAGGUAAAUGCUCUUUCAUACCUUGUUGUAUAGGUGUGUUGUGCCAUGGAAGGGGCUGCUGCAGGACCCAUCCAGCCCAGACUCGAGCAGUACCCGUGGGUAUUUGUCUAACGUGCUCAGAUGCUGUUGAUUCAUCACUAACAGGUGAUGCUGUGGAAAUCUCUGAAAUGAUCCCACAGAUGGACAAAUGUUUUCUUGCUGGGAAGAUGAAAUGCAAAGGGUCUAAUUGAUUGACUUGAUUUGCGGCAGAGGACAGGAGCAAGAAGAGUGAGGCUGCAAGAGGGGCUCAGGCAAAAAGGGUUGGGAUAUGCUUGGUGGCAGCUGCUCUUAUUUGAGGUGCAGUGGAUGUAGUGGUGGUUGAGGGCAGCACUGAUGAGCCAUUAGUGCACUUUUGCAAUGGGUCAACUUUUGCUUGGUUGUAACCAGGUUGGGUUGGGAGAGGGGCAAGGACAGGUAAGGGCUGAAGCUGAGUUUACUGGGCAAUACUGAUGGUGGGUGGAUAGUUGAACUAGAUAAUCUUGGAGGUCUUUUCCAACCAUGAGGAUUUGAUGAUUCUAUGAGGCUGUGUUAAGUCUGAUUGUGCUGGUUCCAGUGGUCAGAAUACCACCAGAAAGGGGUGAGGAGAAGGUAUGUGUGUUUGUAGAGUGCAUAAUUAACCUUUUCAUGCUAGCAAUGAGUCUUUUCCUUUUUUUGCAGGCUGGUCUCAAUUCAUGCCUCUGCCCAUUGACACAGUCCCUGAGAGUUAUUAGGGUAUUGCCACCCGUAAGAGCUGCCUCAGUCCUCCCCUUUUUUGUGGCUGAUGGGGUCCUGAAGGUUGGGACUGCUGUGCUGCAGUGUACUGUGGCUGUAGCAGACACUGGGUGCUGGCAUAAAUAAACCCCAGGAGGAGGAAGGAGGGAGACCACUGGGGUGGCUGAUGACUCUUAAUCCACCUUAACUUCUGCAGGUUAGCCUUGGUCAGAUGCCUGAUUAAAGCCAUCAGCCAAGACCAUUUGGUGUCAUUUUGUGUGCUGACACCUUCUGAUACUACUGGGGAGUAGCAAAUCAAAGAUCAGCGAUAACUGUGCAUGCAGGUGUGAAAAUAAGCUUUGAUGCUGAAGAAACUGAGGUAGUGCUUGGUGUUGGAAGGGGUAUGGCAGAAACUCAGUACCUAGGGGAGAAAUGGGAAAUACAUUCUUACAGCAGCCAACUGGAGCAAAAUUCCUGUGCAGCUUAGGAGUCCUGAGAGCAACUCACAAGACAUAUCCUCUAAUUCCCUCCUUCUCCCCCCUUUGACUUUGUUGUGGCCCCUCCGGAUAGGUAUGGAGCCCUAAUCUCUCUGGCACGCAAAUAACCACUGCCACAGGUUUGCCAUGCUCUCAACCUUCACCCAUUUUCCAAGUGUGGUCUCUUGUAGCAGGGAAAGGAACAUGAGGGCUGUAUACGGAGGACAUGGAGGGAGACCUUGUAGUAAAUGUUUGCCUGCUAUGCUCUUCUCUUGCAGAAUCUGCAGAUCUCUUGCUGUCUCCCUGUGUCACCCUACCUCCUCCCGGCCUGCCUUUCCCCACCCAGGCUACACAAUGGGGAGAGCUGACCCAGAGGAAGGGCAGCUCCCAGCUCCUGUGAAGCCCCCAGAUGGCGGCUGGGGCUGGAUUGUUCUCUUUGGCUGCUUUGUGAUCACUGGCUUCUCCUAUGCCUUCCCAAAAGCUGUCAGUGUCUACUUCAAGGAGCUCAUGAAAGAUUUCCACGUGGGCUACAGUGACACAGCCUGGAUCUCCUCUAUCAUGCUGGCCAUGCUCUAUGGAACAGGACCAGUAUGCAGCAUCAUGGUGAACCAGUUUGGCUGCCGGCCUGUGAUGCUCAUUGGAGGGCUGCUAGCUUCCUCUGGGAUGAUUCUGGCAUCUUUUACCACCAACAUCAUUGAGCUUUAUCUGACAGCUGGUGUGCUGACAGGUCUGGGUAUGGCGUUGAACUUCCAGCCCUCACUGAUCAUGCUGGGCACCUACUUUGACAAACGUCGGCCUCUUGCCAAUGGACUGGCUGCUGCCGGGAGCCCUGUCUUCCUUUCCUCCCUCUCUCCAUUGGGGCAAGUGCUGCUGGAGAAGUUUGGUUGGCGAGGAGGAUUCCUCAUCAUGGGGGGCCUUCUACUCAACUGCUGCACUUGUGGGGCAGUCAUGAGACCCCUGGAUACAGGCAUGAAGAGGAAAAUGGAGAAAGUUCAGGACAAAUAUGAAGCCAAGGAGAUGCUGCCCAUGGGAGGCAAGUCAGAGGAGGGCAUCAGCACCACUGAUGGAACCAAGAAAGCCAAGAAAGCCAAAAAGAAGCCCAAGAAAGGAAAGAAGCUGUUGGAUUUCAGCAUCUUUUCCAACCGAGGCUUCAUCAUUUACACUAUCUCAAAGUUCAUCCUGGUCUUGGGUCUCUUCGUGCCCCCCAUCUUGCUGGUCAACUACGCCAAGGACACAGGAGUACCAGACACAGAGGCCGCCUUCUUGCUCUCCAUCAUCGGUUUCAUCGACAUCUUUGCCCGGCCAGCGUGUGGCAUGGUGGCAGGCUUGAAGUGGGUCCGCCCUCACGUGGCAUACCUGUUCAGCUUCUCUAUGCUCUUCAACGGCUUGACAGACAUCUGCAGUGCCAGGGCUAGCAAUUACACGGGGCUGGUCAUCUUCUGUGUCUUUUUCGGCAUUUCUUACGGCAUGGUAGGGGCUCUGCAGUUCGAGGUGCUGAUGGCCAUCGUUGGCUCCCAGAAGUUCUCCAGUGCCAUCGGGCUGGUCUUACUUAUCGAGGCUUUUGCUGUGCUCAUCGGUCCACCCUCCGCAGGCCGCUUGGUUGAUGCUCUCAAGAACUACGAGGUGAUCUUCUACUUGGCGGGCUCAGAGGUGGUGCUCUCCGCUCUCUUCCUGGCCAUGGCCACCUACUGCUGCCUGAACCGAGGGAAGAAGACACCUCCCCCAGAGAAAAACCCUUCGGCAGGUGGUGGGAGUGACACUGAAGAAGCCGAGUCUGAUGUGCAGGAAGCCGAGGAGCAUAGCAGCGAUAACCACCAGCCAGCCCAUGGCACUGACAAGGCCAUGGCGGCAGCCAAUGAGGAGGCCAACCAUGUGGAGGAUGAGCAGAGUGGGGAGGGAGGCAGGUGUCCUGAGGCGGAUGGGGAGGUGUUGGCACGAGCUGGCUGCAAUGCCGACCAGACAGUGGAGAGGGACAGUUUUUAGCCAGGAAAGAGAAAUGGGGAUGUAAAUUACCGGCCUGGUUUGUGUGUAACUCAGCGUGGGAGUGUAGAUGGAAUGUGGAUUGAAAAAAAGACAAAAGCAAAUGUAAGAGAUAAAAGGGUGAAAGACUAAGAAUAGCUGGUCCUCAUGUACAUACGUCCACAUACCUACACAGAGAUAUGUCUACUUGUGUCCUGCACCAUGCUGGUACAACGCAGGUUCAGUGCAGCCCA